AUGGCCCUAAGCUCUACCUCCUCCACCACGGCCAUGACGCACCGCUUCCUGGGGAACUCUGGGCUGCUCGUCUCCAAGCUGUCGCUCGGGUCCUGGGUGGACUACAACGACAAGUACACGGUGGAUGGCUGGUACGACAUGAUGAAGAUCGCGUUCGAGCACGACGUCAACUUCUACGACACCGCUGAGAUGUACGGCAACGGCCAGGCCGAAGAGCUGCUCGGAGGCGCCAUCAAGAAGGGCAUCAAAGAAGGGGUUUGGACGCGUGAGGACCUCGUCAUCUCCACGAAGCUCUUCACCGGGACCAAGGGUGUUAUGCAGGGCGGCCCAAACGACGAAGGUGUGAGCCGCAAACACAUCGUGGAAGGGUUGAAGGCGUCCCUGCGCCGCCUGGAGCUCGACUACGUGGACGUGGUGUUCUGCCACCGCUUCGACGCCUACACCCCGAUCGAGGAGACCGUACGCGCCAUGAACUUCGUGAUCAACCAAGGGUGGGCGUUCUACUGGGGCACCAGCGACCUGCGAGAUCGCGGACUGACUCGGACUGAUCCGCCCCAUCGUGGAGCAGUCGCAGUACAACAUCCUCGAGCGCAACAAGGUGGAGUUCGAGUGCCUCGAUCUGUACAAGAAGUACAAGCUGGGCUCACGACGUGGUCGCCUCUGGCCUACGGCACUCUGACGGGCAAGUACAGCGCCGGGAAGCCGGAAGGAUCGCGAUACACGACGUCCAUGUUCGCCACGGGCCCCUUCUCCGAGGGGUUCGCCGAACGCGUCGAGAUGGCGGACAGACUCGUGCCCAUUGCGAAGGAGCUGGGCACGUCGCUCGCUCAGAUGUCGAUCGCGUGGGCGGUCUCGAAUGAGAACGUGUCGACUGUUCUGCUGGGAGCCAGUCGGCCGGCACAGCUCGAGGAAAACUUGAAGGCGCUGGAAGUCGUGAGCAAGAUCACACCCGAGGUCAAGGCGAAGAUUAAUGCUGCCGUCAAUCGUGGGCGCCACUUGUAG